AUGGAAGAAGGAAGAUUCAAAACAGUGUUCUUUACCUUUUCAAUUGCUCUAAUAGCGAGUUUAGGUUCUUUGGUCUGCGGUUCGUGGAUCGGAUGGUCGUCGCCGGCGACCUACCUGAUGAAGAACAACCAGACCGAUUUGGACGUGACCGAUUACGGUAUGAUGAUCGCCAUGUACGACUUGGGCAACUUCAUCAGCCCUAUCCCGUGUGGUUAUCUUCUGGGGUUUUACGGUAGGAAGUGGACGAUUCGCAUAAUCGGCCCGAUGAACAUAAUCGCCUGGGGGGCGAUUAUACUGUGUCCGUCUCGGUUGAGUGUCCUGUACGUGGCCAGACUGUUCGCCGGACUGGCCAAGGGGAUGACGUUCAGCUCCAUACCAAUGUACGUGGGCGAAAUAGCCGAAGUCAAGUUACGCGGUGCUGUGUUGUCCUUGUUUCCGAUAAUGUUGUGCGUGGGCAUGUUGAGCAUACAGUCGAUCGGCCAGAUGCUCAAUUAUACACAGCUCAACAUGCUGGGUCUGUCCUUCUCGGCCUUGUUCACGGUGUUGUUCUUCGCCAUGCCCGAAAGCCCGUACUACCUGAUGCAGAAGAAUCGGCGGGAUCAAGCCGAGAAGUCGCUCAGGAGUAUCCGAGCCAAAGACGACGUUACCGAUGAACUGGAGCUUAUCGAGGAGACGGUCACCAAGCAGAUGCAGUCUAAGACCACUUACAAAGAGUUGUUUCAAAACAAGGCCAACCGGAGGGCUUUGAUCAUUACGGCGGGAGCUAGCAUGUUUCAGAGGCUCAGCGGCAUUAGUCCAUUCAUACACUUCAGCUCGAUCACGCUGCCGUCCACCAACUACUGGAUGAACCCGCUGUUGGCCGUCGUGCUGUUCACCUUGUCCAAGAACAUCGGCACGCUGUUGCACAUGGUCCUGGUGGACUGGAUGGGCCGGAAGCCGCUGAUGUUGGGCUCGCACGGCGCGAUGGCCGUGCUGACGGCCGCGUACGGCGUCGGCCUGUACGCGGUGGCCAACGGGCCCGGAGACCAUCCGCUGGCGUGGUGGCCGGUGCUGACGCUGUGGCUCUACGGUUUGGCGUACUCCGUGGGCGCCGGUUCGCUGACGUACACGCUCAUCGGCGAGAUGUUCGCGGCCAACGUCAAGACCAAGGCGGCGCCGCUGUGCGUCAUGUGCCUGGCCGGCGCGUCGUUUCUGCUGGACGGCACCUACACCACCAUGUCCCGCACGUUCGGCGUCUGCUCCAAUUACUACAUGUACUCGGCGUUCAACCUGGUCUGGGCGCUGGUCGCCGGUUUCGUCAUGAUCGAGACCAAGGGCAAAACGUUUUUGGAAAUCGAGGAAAUACUCGGGACCACUUGA